CUCUUUCAAUAUUUCCAUCAACUAUGGCGCAGAAAGAAGCUACGGUGUACAUUCUCGAUCUCGGCCGGUCCAUGGGAGAGAAGCGCAAUGGACGCAGUCAAACGAAUCUUGAAUGGGCGCUGGAGUAUGUCUGGGACAAGAUCACGACUACGGUUGCGACGGGACGAAAGACGGCGAUGAUGGGCGUUGUUGGGUAUAGGACUGAUGAAACCGAUGUCAUGGGAGCAAUCGACGAUGAUGAUGGGUACUCGAAUACUAGAAUUAUCGUGCCCCUUAAACAGCUCCUCCUACCAGAUAUUCGUGAUCUCCAACCACAAUUGAAGCCAAGCGCCACGAAUCAAGGCGAUGUUCUAUCUGCAUUAGCUGUGGCUAUCCAAAUGAUUGACACCGCAACUACUGGCAAGACUGGCAAGCCUCUGAAGUAUGACCGCAGGAUCAACAUCAUAACCGACGGGUACGGGCACAUGGAGACAUCCGAUUCCGAUGCCAUUGCAGCCAAGCUAAAAGAGGAUGAGGUUGAGAUGAAUAUUCUAGGCGUAGAUUUCGACGAUGCAGAGUUCGGUUUCAAAGAGGAAGACAAAGAUCCCGAAAAAGAACAAAACGAAACCACUCUCAAGGACUUUGCCAGGAAAUGCAACGGCAACUUCGCCACCAUCGCCGAAGCUAUCAGCCAACUCGAAAUCCCGCGUACGAAAAACACGCAUCCAGUCCCCAGCUAUAAGGGCACACUCACUCUUGGCGAUUCCGAAAACUACGACACCACCUUGACAAUCGACGUCGAGAGGUAUCCUUGUACUAUGAUUGCGAAGCCACCAACAGCAAGUUCGUUCGUGGUAAGAACGGAUUUAUCAGGUGGUGCUGGUGCAAGCACGCAGUCUUCCGCAACCGUUGCGGGAGAUGAGCAUCGUGGGGAUGGACAGCUAGCGGCCGUGAAGAGCCAGCGCGUCUACCAAAUCGACAACCUGGAUGAGCCGGGCACGAAAACUAAUGUAGAGAUGGAAGAUUUAGAACGAGGAUUUGAGUACGGAAGGACCGCUGUCCAUAUCAGCGAAUCAGAUGCCAACGUUGUCAAGCUUGAGACUUCGCCCUGUCUUGACUUGAUCGGCUUUGUGCCGGAAGAAAAGUUCGAGCGCUACCUUCCUAUGUCCCGAACAAACUACGUCGUCCCACAACGCACCAACACCGCCGCUGCCCUCGCCCUCUCAUCCCUUAUCCACGCGCUCUACGAAUCCGGCUGCUACGCACUGGCCCGGCUUGUGACACGGGAAAACAAAGCCCCCCUCCUGGUACUCCUCGUCCCGCGCAUUGAACCCGACCUAGAAUGCCUCGUCGACGUCGAACUUCCCUUCGCAGAAGACAUGCGACGCUACAAAUUCCCCCCUCUCGACAAACACCUCACGGUUAGCGGGAAAGUUAUCACCGAGCACCGCGACCUACCAAACACACAGUUAAUGCAAGCGAUGAAUGAAUACGUCGAUGCCAUGGAUCUCUCAUCCUUCGAUCGCGACGACGAAGGCGAGCCCACAGAAUAUAUGAAAUUCGAGGACACAUACUCCCCCUUACUCCACCGCAUCAACCACAUCAUUCGCUGGCGCGCUACACAUCCCACAUCCCCCAGCCUCCCUGCCCCUCCACAGAUCCUAACGAAAUACUCCGCGCCUCCUCCCUCACUCCUCGACAGAGCAUCCCCUCAACUCGCCGCCCUCAAAGCCGCCGCGGAUGUCAAAAAAGUCCCGCCGAAGCAACAAGGCCGGGGUAAGCGCACACUUCGUGACCGCGAAAAGCCACUCUCAGGCCUCGACGUCGACGCGCUCCUCGGCAACCCUAAACGCGUCAAAAUCGACUCCACCAACCUCAUACCUUCCUUCAAACAAGCACUCGCUGCUACCGAUGACCUCGAAGCCAUCCAAACCGCCGCUGCUGACAUGGCGCGAAAUAUCCGCGAGUAUAUUUCGACUAGUGUGGGGGAGAGUGGAUAUGGGAGAGCGCUGGAAGCGAUUCGUGUUAUGCGCGAAGAAAUUACGGAGUUGGAGGAGCCGGAAAUAUAUAACAGUUUUGUGAGGGAUUUGAAGAGGGAUUUAUUGGAGGGGAGGUUGAGGGGGGACCGGAGGGAAAUGUGGUGGAAGAUUCGGGGUUCAAAGUAUGGACUUGUGGAGAGGAAGACGUGUUUUGCGAGCGAGGUUAGCGAGGAGGAGGCUGCGGAGUUUUAUCGAAGUGCGUAAAGAGGAGACGGGGAGUUUGAGCGAGGGGACAGGAUAAUUGAGAAAUGGUGACGGCGUAUUAUGGUAUCUGAAAUUUGGGAUCUGGUGUAGAAAAUGGGUAUCUUUGCAUCUCACGUCACCUCACUACGUACGCACCAGCUAGAAGACUCGUUGCUUUCACAAUCCCAAUCCAAAAGAGAUCAUCCAUCGUCCUCCACACUCCAACUCUUUGCCUACCCUGCCCAAGCCUGUUCGCGCGCUCGAUAUCGUACUCCUUCAUUUCCGCCCCUCAACCAUCAAAACAUGAUACCCCUCCCUCGUCUUCACCUCGCCCCACUUUGGAUUCCCAGUCGUACUAGGCUCGAGCUCAUACGCGAUUUUCUCGAACUCAGGAAGCAAACUACCACGGGUUUUCCAGCCAAGAGAGCCAC